CGCUCGGCGUAAAUUGUAAACGCAAGAAGAAGAACUUCAACAGGAAGAGCAACAGCAGUCGCCGGCGCUCACAAGGGAAAGGACUGGCGGUGUUUUGUGCGCUAAAGGGAUGGAAGAGUACGCGUCUGGGGAUGAUGGAAACUUCAAUACGGACGAGACGACUGUCUUGGUGAAGGAGUGUAUCGAAGGAGUCAUCGGUGGGACGGACUAUAACCAGAACAAAGUCAACCAAUGGACGGCCAAUAUCGUGGAGCAUUCCCUGACUCACCUGGUGAAGCAGAGUCGCCCCUUCAAAUACAUCGUGAACUGUACCAUCAUGCAGAAGAGUGGCGCGGGUCUCCACACAGCCAACGCCUGCUACUGGGACACCACUACAGACGGGAGCUGCACGGUGCGAUGGGAGAACCGCACCAUGUACUGUGUGGUCAGUGUGUUCGCUGUGGGCAUGUGACAGCGACGCCGAGCUGCAGCCGCUCUCCCCCAGAGCGCCGUCAGCUCUGAAGCCGCGCUCCAAGCGACACCAGAUCCUGCGACGAAGUCCUCCCAGGACACGAUUUCUCCCCUCAGACAGUUCUGCAUAUGCACACUGGUGUCUGUAUGGAUGAAGGAUAUUUUCCAGAAGCCAGGCUGGUAGAAGCCGUCAGAAGCCCUAACCGGCAGCCUGCAACACUAUUAAGGCCCAAUCCUGUUUGCAAUGGUUGUACUUUAUUGUUAUUUAUACUUAGCAAAUGCUAUAUUUCCACAUCAUAAGACUUCCUACAACAUUCAGCUCAAAGCUUGGACCAUAUUUCCUGAUUUAGCACAAUGCAGAGAAGUGUGUAGGACAUGUCUUGUUGUUGUAAAAGUUAAUUUACUUCCAAAAUGUGUUUUCUAUUAGUGUAUAUCGACAUUUUAAUAACUUGUUCUGUAAACAUAGUUCAGGUCUUGUCUCAUUUUAUGGGUUAAAUUCCUUGAAUGCAGCUACAAAACUGUUUAUGUUCAAUAAACAAACUUAAUAUGUAUUUAA